AUGACUACUGAAACAAAAAAAAGAAUAAACUAUUUUUAUGAUUAUGAUAUCAUUGGGUUUGAUCAUGGUUCAAAUCAUCCAAUGAAAACAUUAAGAGUACAGAUGACUCAUGAUCUAGUUAUGAAAUAUGGAUUGUGCAAGAAAAUGGAAAUCUUUAGACCUAGACCAAGUACAUUUGAUGAAUUAACACAAUUCCACACAGAUGAUUAUAUAAAUUUUUUGGAAAAAAUUACACCAGAUAAUAAGGACUAUUUUUUUAAAGAAUGUACUAAAUUCAAUGUUGGUGAAGAUUGUCCAGUGUUUAUGGGAUUACUUGAUUAUUGUAAAAUAGCAACAGGAGGAUCUUUAGAGGGUGCGGCAAGGUUAAAUUAUGGAUUAUGUGAUAUAGCUGUUAAUUGGGCAGGAGGGUUACAUCAUGCAAAAAAACAAGAAGCUAGUGGUUUUUGUUAUGUUAAUGAUAUAGUUAUCUCUAUUUUAGAAUUAUUACGGUUUCAUCAACGUGUACUCUAUAUAGAUAUUGACAUUCAUCACGGAGAUGGUGUAGAAGAGGCAUUUUAUAAAACAGAUCGAGUGAUGACGCUGAGUUUUCAUAAUUAUGGAGAAUUUUUUCCAGGAACUGGAGAUGUCAAUGAUGUUGGUAUUGGCAAAGGAAAAUAUUACGCAGUAAAUUUCCCUUUAAGAGAAGGGGUUGAUGAUGAAACAUAUAAAUUUGUGUUUGAGCCAUUCAAUAUACCAAUGCUAAUAUUAGGAGGAGGUGGUUAUACUAUACGUAAUGUGUCUAGAGCUUGGGCAUAUGAAACUGGAGUGGUAGUUGGACAAGAAAUUGGACCAGAUAGAUCACGGCAUACACCUAGUGUACCAUUACAAGAAAUACCAGGGGGGAAGUUUUCAUAUGAAGAUUCUGAUGAAGAUGAUCCAGACAAAAGAAAAUCAAGGAGAUUACGAGAUAAAUUGAUUAUACCAGAUAAUGAAUAUGAAGAGUCAUCAGAUGAUGAAUUGUAUGAUUGUGAAUCUUCUGUUAAAUUAGGCCCAUCUAAAUAUGUAUGUUCUUAUCGUCAUAAACUUACCAAAAAAUCACCAGCAAACCCUGCAUUCUUAGAAAAAUGCAUUCAUUACGAAAAUUCAAUAUUUUGUUGA